AUGGGUGGGCCGGAUGUGGAGGCCUUCGGCCCGCAGCACCAUGCAUUGCCCGCCCAUUUCUCUGCUUUCUCAGCGUCCAGGGAAAGAUCGAGCAACGAAUGCCUGAAUGCACUACUUCAUACCUUAUCAAAAUCGCUCCGUCUCAUCGUAAUGGUGAUGGACCCUCUUGGCGCCUUUUCCCUUGCGUGCAAUGUCCUGCAGAUUGUGGAGACCAGCCUCCGCGUCCUGGGCAAGACUGCCGAGUGCUACAAAAACGGGGCCCCAGACGAAGUCAGCACCAUCAUCAGCAAUCUGCACACAAUCGAAGACCUCAACCAUGAGCUCCGAGACCUUGUGCCUGGUCCAUCUGAGAAACAUCGAUUGUCUUCCGCUGAGCUUAGGCUGGUCGGAGCGAAUCAAGAAUGUUUGAAGCUGUCAGGUGAUUUCAUCCAGCUUCUUAAUGGCCUCAAGAUCACCAAGAAGUCCGUGUGGCAUAGCAUCGGUGUCAGCAUGAAAACGAUGUGGUAUCAAGAUAAGCUGGCAGGUCUUGAAAAGGCGAUCUCCGAGAGUCGAGCUAAUCUAAUCCUUGCCUUUUUGCUACUCAUGCAUGAACGUUCCUCGACCAUGCACGGCAGCAGCAUCAAGGCUACUAAUGAAGCUGAAUCUCGCAUCAUUGACACCUUCAAAAAGCAUACAAGCUCGCUGGAGGCAGGGCUUGGGAGGCUAACGUCUUGUCUAAACGAAUUGUCUCUUGACCACGAAGACAAAUCUGUGAACGAGUUUAGCUUAGUACAUCAGGCUCAGAUUACCCAGCUUUCGGAACAGCUUGCGCAGAUUCUGGAGCAAAAAAGAGCUGCAGAUCAAGCGAGCAAAUCAUUGGACGUCUCUGGAGUCAACGUAGUAGCGCAACACAGACUACUGCAAAGCUUGCAAUAUCCCCAGAUGCAGGAGAGAAAAGAGGAGAUAUCCAGUGCCUACGGAAACACAUAUGAGUGGCUGCUUUAUUCCGAGCCAAAGGAUCAUAGUGAAUGGUACAGCUUUGUUUCAUGGGCUAGAACGGUAAACAAUGCUGAAGGGGUUUACUGGAUUCAUGGGAAACCCGGUUCCGGAAAGUCAACCCUGGCUCGAUUCAUAUACGAGAGAUUGAAUGUUUACGAUCACCUGAAUCCGAACGACACUGCAAAAGUCAUGGACAGGAAUGCUGCGCUCUUUGCUGUUCCAGCUGCUUGA